AGUUACUUCACACGAUGCCAACGUCCGGCCUUGUAAGUUUAUCAAAAAUUAAGCGUGAAAAAUACGAUGUGUUUUAAUUGUAAAUUUUAUAAACUGGAGUUUUUUUUGUAAUAUUUGAAUUGAAAUCCGUUAAGACAUUCAUAUGUAUCAAUAAACUCUCAAAUCAAUAGAGAAGAAAUUGUACCAAGUUAUAAUGAUUCUUGAAAUUGGCUUCAAUAUUUAUCUAGCGAUUCUAAUGGUGAUAUUUUUACUUUACUGCAUCAAAGAUUGUAAGAGACCGAAAAAUUUUCCCACUGGACCCAGAUUUCUGCCUUUUAUUGGAACCAGUUGGAUUAUACCUGCCAAAGGUAUGGAGUACUUGAUACCAAAAUGGAAAAACAAAUAUGGCAAUUUUAUUGGGCAUAAAUUCUACCACAAAAAAUUGGUCGUGUUUUGCGGAAGCCAAGAAAUCAUCGAAGGUCUAAAGCAUCCAAAUUUUCAGGGCAGAUACGUCUCAGAAUUUUUAAAGCAAAGAACUCAUAACAAAGCAUUAGGAUUUUUUUUCGCCGAUGAUGAAACAUGGUGUGAAGUGAGACGUUUCGCUUUGAGAUAUUUUGGCACUGUUUUCACUAAAGAAUUGGAAAAUAUUCUGCACGAUGAACUGUUGGAAGAAUUCGGUACAAUUCGAAGCGGCGAUAUUCACCAAAUUGAUAGAAAUUUCAUGAAAAGUGCCUUAAAUGCGAUUCUUAAAAUAAUGGUGGGGGUGCACCGAAAAGAUUUUCAAUCUGAAAUCGACGAAAUGAUAGAAAAAACUGGAAAAGCGUUCGCAGCUGGGCGUCCAACAGGAAUUGAAUCAGUAUACCCAUUUUUUAGUGGAUUUUUCCAAAAUCACCUUUUCGUUGACGCAGCACACUCGCUUCAAAAAUUUCUCAAGGCUAGAUUAGAAGAGCGUAAAAAGUCAUUCGAUUCGCUGGAUAUUAAAGAUUAUACUGAUGCGUUCAUAAAUGAAAGUCUAAAAGAACUACAGUUACAUGGAAAAGUUGAAAAUUUUACUGACGAAGAAUUUCUAUCUUGCGGUACAGAUCUGGUGCAGGCAGGAAACGAAGCAGUGGUUAAUACGGUGCAAUUCAUUUUAUUGUACGUUGCCAUGAAUCAGCGUAUUCAGCUUAAAUUACACGAAGAAAUUGAUCGGGUAAUUGGCUCAAAUCGAUAUCCAUCAUUGAACGACAAAACAAAUAUGGCUUACUUGGAAGCGACAAUUCACGAAGGAAUGCGAAUUAACCCGAUAGCACCAAUUGGCGCAAUGCAUAGAGUUACGAAGGAUACCCAAUUUAGAGAAUAUUUUUUCGAAAAAGAUACGCUGAUAACUUUUGCAUUGAAAUACGCUAUGCAUGAUCCUGAAUAUUGGCAAAAUCCAGACAAAUUUUUACCAGAAAGAUUCAUAGGAAAUGAGAGCUUAAAGAAGAAAAUAAUAACUUUUGGUUUAGGGAAACGAUCGUGUAUUGGAGAAGUGUUUUCAAGAAAUUUCGUGUUUUUGUACCUGGCGUAUUUCUUUCAAAGGUUCUCGAUCAAGUUACCACAGAACGAUUUACCAUCCACUGAUCCAAUAUUGGGAUUCACGAAUGGGCCUAAACCAUUCAAAUUAAUAAUCACAAAAAGAGAAAGAAUGGAUGAAUGAGUAGAUACCUCCAUUUUUUCAACAAAAAAAAAAAUAAUAAUAAUAAUUUGAGCUUGAUAUAGUGAGG